AUGACCUCACAGUCCAUUUGGCUCAUCCACUACAUGUGGCCGGCCCUCUCCGUGCACAGUGCUUCCAAAUUGGCGACCAGCUUGUCCAGGUCAACAGCCAUGCUUUCGGCUUUCAACUAUGCCAGGGAGGCGGUCCAUCACAUCCAGAGGUUCGCAGCAGCUGCUGUCGCUGAAGAUGCGCCUGGAGCUGUAGCCAGUGAUGGAUCUGGCGCACGUCCUUCGUGGGCAAGGAGGCCAAAGCUGGCAAAGCAGGACACCCAACUGAACAAGAAGAUCUUGAAGCUUUGGGUCCUGGAAAGGCAGUGA